AUGUUAGAGGAAGAAGCUGGGAAAUGGUGGCAAACUGCAAAGCGAGCGUUGCAAAGGUCCCACUCGAGACAAGGGUCUGAAACUGAAGAGACCCCAGUAUCAGUAUGGGAGGCAUUCAAGAAGGCCUUCAAUGAUAAAUACUUCCCCCUUACUUGGAGGCAAGAGAAGAGCUGGGAGUUUGCGAACUUGAAGCAAACCGGAGAAAUGACGGUAGCUCAAUAUGACACCAAAUUCAAUCAGCUCAUUAAGUACGUGCCGAUAAAGCAAGGGCACAUAAGUAGGGAUUGUCGCAAGAGAAAGGAAACACCUCCAGUUAAAGACCUGUCGAAGAUAGUGUGUUUCCAGUGCAAUCAACCAGGGCACUAUUCAAGUAACUGCCCGAAGAGGCCAAGACUAGGACAAGUAGAUGGGCCAACUGAAAAAAUAGGAGAGGCUCGUGGGACUCGUCAGGUAUGUGUCUACAACCUCACCAAGGAAGAUGUGGGGACAGAUCCGACAGUCAUGCAAGGUACGCUUUUCAUAUCGGAUACCCUUGUUCAUGCACUGAUAGACCCUGGGUCAACGCAUUCAUUUAUGUCGUAUGCUUUGGCUACAAGUUUGGAGGUAGAGGCUAGACCUAUGGAAUCUCUGAUAAUAAUUUCGACUCCCAUGGGUAAAAGUACGAGGUCCUCAAAAGUGAUAGAAGAAUGCUAA